AAUACAUUUAUAUUUAGGCUGGAAUGUUGCUAAACUAGUUGGCCAACUGUCAAGCUAUGCUUCUUGCUAACCGCUAACUGCUAAUAAUGUAGCCAAGGUGGGAUAGCCGGUGCCAACAGGUGCGCAGCGCAUGAGCUCAUUUUGAAGUUCUGUAUCAUAGGCAACUGGACGUUUGCCUCCCAUCCAGGAUGCUUCUUCAGUUCUUAUUAACUGGAAGGGAGUUAAAGGCUAUUAAACCCUUCGUGUGUGACGGUGUCCUGGCAGAGUCGGUGAGGACUCGGUACUGCACUUGUCUUGGCCCAGGCCUGCUCAUAUCGAUCUACCCCUUCAUCAAAGCCUGGCUGAACAUCAACCAUAUUCUUCCGUCCUUUGGAAACUUCAGAGUGCACCCAACACCAGCCAAUCCGGCUCCUGAUCAGCCCAUAGAGACGAUAAGAAGGGAAGGAACUCAGAGUCAGCUCAACCUGGAGCGGUCGAAGAGUCGAAUGGGAACCUUUGUGGAGGGCGGACCAAUGGCUGAGACCAACCCAGAGGAGGGGACAUCCUCAGACAUGCCAGAUGUCCUGUCAAGACGGAAACUAAAACAGACACCUUCCGAUCAAGACCUGCCAUGACGUCAUCACAUGACCCGAAGACCAAACGAAUCGCUCAGCUAAAUCUGCUUCACUGCAUUUUCCUUUUAAAUGCGGGACAAAAGAUGCCGGUUUGUGUAAUUGUUGUACCUGCUCGUCAUGCGUGUUGAGACCAGCUUGUGAUGUUGCACUGAAGUGGUCUAAUAAACGUCUGCAGAGAUGCGAUUGU